AUGGAUAACGACCAGAACAACCCCGAUGGUGGUGCCGGUAACGCGAUGACAUGGCGUAAAGUCCCCGACGCAGUGCAGCCAAAUGCCAACUUCGCACUAUACGAGCUCACCGAUGGAGACCUCCGAGGAUCCAUUCAAAUCGCGAUUCCAAAGCCUCCGUCCACGGACAGUAUCAACCCCAGCACUUCCCUUUGCGAAAGCCCAAAAGAGAUGGAUUCCGAUACAGACAUCGCCAACGCCAGCCACGGAGUCGCUUCAACAAGGCGCAUCGUCGCUCCCAACUUCGAAGCUGAAGAUUGGCCAGAAGCGGCUCCAGUACCAGACACAGGAUCCACCCACUCCGGCGAGACAAAGUUCGCCAACGCCGUCGUCCCCGCAAGCUUGUUGGCCCUUCGCGACGCCGAUUCCGCGAUAGCUAGCCGUCCGUGGACAGCAGACCUGGUUGACCUAACGAUGAAGCGUUCCGACGAUAACGCGGCUUCAUCGGAAGAGGGCGCCAAAGAGGAGGAAGCAGCCAGCGAGGAGGAACACCACCAGGCUGCUGAACGUCUCUUCACCGACUACGUUAUGAGAGGUGGGGUAAGCCAAGACAGGGUUCCGCUGGCUAAGACGGAGUUCAUGAAAGUGCUCUCUUCAAAGUUCUGGGAGUCCAAGAAGCCGGAAGCGUACCUGCUGGAUCUCGCAUCACACCUCAUGGCGACCACCAAGACGACUGAGCUCAGCCAGACUAAGUUACCGAUGGCCGCGGGUUUCGAAACCGCGCCUGUGGACACAUUCGAAUUCCUGGAAUUUGCAAGGAAGCAGAUGGUUGAACGUUCAGUAGAGGCGUCCGAGCGACUGGGAUAUGCGAUGAGUAUGAUCAAGUAUGCAUCCACCAAGAAGCAAGGCUUGCAGAUCGCUUUGGAGCCUCUACGCAUCCAUGUUGUCAAUCUGGCGGGACUCGUAAAAGAUCUCAAAGCUAUCCACCAUAGCGUCCUAGCGUCGAGCGGUGGCCACUUCAAGUCUAUCACGGAUAACGUCGAAUACGCUGUUCGUCAGCUCGAGAUGAUAAGGGACGAUUUCGUCGAGCGGGUGCAGGGUAUCGAGGAGGAAGCGGGCGUCUGA